AUUCUGAGCAGAUCGGAUUUGGGGGUUCUCCGAUCUUCACUACCUCGCCGUGCACCUGGCGCUGCUUUUUACCCCAACCUGUUGCUAGUCUUUAACCCUUGCAAUUGGGACUUGCUUGCAGGCACCCCAAUCCUCCAUCUCUCCCUACAUUUUGCAAGUGUCUGCGAGAGGGCACCUGCUCUACCUGCCAGAAAUUAAAACCCAAGAAAAAUCUCCGGGCGCCCUCUUGGCCCCUUCCUCCCUGCGCUCGCGCUCUCCUGCCCCGCCCCGAGGUAAAGGGGGAGACUUGGAGAAGAUGGUGCUCACCGCGGUCCUCCUGCUGCUGGCCGUCUGCGCGGGGCCGGCCCAGAGCCUGGGCUCCUUCGUGCACUGCGAGCCCUGCGACGAGAAAGCCCUGUCCAUGUGCCCCCCCAGCCCUCUGGGCUGCGAGCUGGUCAAGGAGCCCGGCUGCGGCUGCUGCAUGACGUGCGCCCUGGCUGAGGGGCAGUCGUGCGGCGUCUACACUGAGCGCUGCGCCCAGGGGCUACGCUGCCUCCCCCGGCAGGACGAGGAGAAGCCGCUGCAUGCCCUACUGCACGGCCGUGGGGUUUGCCUCAACGAGAAGAGCUACCGCGAGCAAGUCAAGAUUGAGAGAGACUCACGUGAGCACGAGGAGCCCACCACGUCAGAGAUGGCAGAGGAGACCUACUCCCCCAAAAUCUUCCGGCCCAAGCACACCCGCAUCUCGGAGCUGAAGGCGGAGGCAGUGAAGAAGGACCGCAGGAAGAAGCUGACCCAGUCCAAGUUCGUAGGUGGAGCGGAGAACACUGCCCACCCCCGCGUCAUCGUAGCCCCAGAGAUGAGACAGGAGUCUGAGCAGGGCCCCUGCCGCAGACACAUGGAAGCGUCCCUGCAGGAGCUCAAAGCCAGCCCUCGCAUGGUGCCCCGUGCUGUCUACCUGCCCAACUGUGACCGCAAAGGAUUCUACAAGAGAAAGCAGUGCAAGCCUUCCCGUGGCCGCAAACGUGGCAUCUGCUGGUGCGUGGACAAGUACGGGAUGAAGCUGCCCGGGCUGGAGUAUGUCGACGGGGACUUUCAGUGCCACGCCUUUGACGGCAGCAACAUUGAGUGAUGCGUCCCCUCCCUGUCCUUCCCUCACCCCAUCCCACCCCCAGUCCCAACUCCAGCCAGCGCCUCCCUUCACCCUAGGAUGCCACUCAUUUCAUCUCAUUUAAGGGAAAAAAUAUAUAUAUCUAUUUGAGGAAA